GCCCCGGCCAGCCCAGCCCAGCCCACGUUGCUGCGAGAUUGAAAUGCAGAACUUAAGUCUCCUGCCACGGGAAAGUGACUUCCUCGGGGUUCCUUUCCUUGACACCGUCGCCGGCUCGCGUGGUGGAAAUCGGAGGCAGCCGCCGGGGCCUCUUCCUCUUCCUCCAGCGCACACUGCGCCAGGCCGGCCAAGGCGCACUCGGUCGCCUCGUUUCCUUGGGGGAUCUUGAAAAACCAAAAAAACAAAAGCAAAAGCAACCCCCCACAACACGUCUCUCCCGCUCCGCGGUUGCCCUGACUCGAGCCAUGGAGCCAGCCUUCGGGGAGGUGAACCAGCUCGGCGGGGUUUUCGUCAACGGGCGCCCGUUACCCAACGCUAUCCGGCUCCGUAUUGUGGAACUAGCCCAGCUGGGCAUCCGGCCGUGCGAUAUCAGCCGGCAGCUGCGCGUCUCGCACGGCUGUGUCAGCAAGAUCCUGGCGCGCUACAACGAGACGGGCUCCAUCUUACCAGGGGCCAUCGGGGGCAGCAAGCCCCGGGUCACCACGCCCACGGUGGUGAAGCAUAUCCGGACCUACAAACAAAGGGACCCCGGCAUCUUCGCCUGGGAGAUCCGAGACCGGCUGCUGGCUGACGGCGUGUGCGACAAGUACAACGUGCCCUCGGUCAGCUCCAUCAGCCGCAUCCUGCGCAACAAGAUUGGCAACCUCUCGCAGCAGAGCCACUACGACUCCUACAAGCAGCACCAGGCGGCCCCGCAGGCCGCCCUACCUUACAACCACAUCUACUCGUACCCCAGCCCCAUCGCGGCGGCGGCGGGAGCCAAGGUGCCUACCCCGCCCGGGGUGCCCACCAUCCACAGCGCCGUCCAUAUGCCUCGCACGUGGCCCUCCUCCCACUCCGUCACCGACAUCUUAGGAAUCAGGUCCAUCACCGACCAAGUAAGCGACAGCUCGCCCUAUCACAGCCCCAAGGUGGAAGAAUGGAGCAGUCUGAGCAGAAGCGGCUUCGCGGCCACAGCGCAGCACGUCGCGGUGAACGGGCUGGACAAGAGCUCCAUGGAGCCCGAGGCCAAGUACAGCCAGGUCAUCAGGAGAGACCCUUCUCUGAGUACCUGGCCUUCAGAGGCAAGACUGGCACCGAGUUGUCUCCCCACUGUUGGAAGUUUUGUCUCUGCACCAACAAUGGCGCCUUAUCCCACGGCAGCGCAAGUCUCUCCGUACAUGGCGUAUAGUGCCGCUCCUUCUGGUUACGUAGCUGGCCACGGCUGGCAGCAUGCUGGAGGUACUCCGCUAUCGCCCCACAACUGUGACAUCCCUGCGUCGCUGGCUUUCAAGGGUAUGCAGACAGCCAGAGAAGGUAGUCACUCUGUCACAGCCUCUGCACUCUGAUAUCAGAAACAGGGCAGAACAAUUUGAAGCCAGCCCAGCCCAGUCACUUUCCCUGUAAUUCCUUCUCACAGAUGGACCUUAUGGGGCUGCUGACAUUUGAAAUAUUUUUUUCCUUCAUUAAUAAUAAUAAUAAUAAUCCUUGGGGUUCAGUAAGUGUAAAUAACCUAAGAAAGUGAUAAAUGUGUUGCUGCCCCUUGCACUGUUUUGCAUCGAGAAGACCUUACAACCCUCAGAGGGCUAUUCAUUGGUGAAACCACACAUAUUUAUUCUAAGCAACAGGAGCGUCUCAAACGUGCAAUUGUUUCAGAUUUGUGAAAACCCAGUCAAGGAAAACCAGUAGAUAAUGCUACACUCCUAACUAAGAAAUGCGACCAAAAGCAGAAGUUCUCUUCUGAAUCACUCAAUAGUUCUUUUUUUGCAAAAUAAAUAAAUAAAUUAUAUGGACAAGUGGAUAACAGUUUUGGUUAACAGACAGUUGACUUCUUCUAGUAACACACAAGAAAAGCAAAUGAAUACAUGGCUGUGUUAUUUAUCCUGUAUUUUAUUGUGAUUACAAAGGCAAUAAUACUUUUGUUUUCUAUCUGUAAAUAUGGACCUUGGUCAUAAUUUGUGUUCCCACUACUCGACUCAUUUCUGUUUUCUUUUUGUUGCCUGAAAGGCGACAUCCUAGCCAUGUCUUGUUUUCAUUUCUUAACAAUGGCCUUUACCUUAAACGAUCCAAAUUUUGACAGUUCUUUUGAGUAUAUUUUGGGCACAGGGUGGAGACACCUGCAUCUCAUGAAAAGCAUUUUUGUUUCUACAGCAGAGAACUUAACGUGACUCCCUCAAAUCCCUGUGGGUUGGUUUCAGAGGGUCCAUUCUACACUUUCCAUUUGCAGAAGAGAUUAAGAUCCAAAAAAGGUCUUCUGUAGAAAGAGAGGGGAAAGUAAUUUUCUCCAAUUUCCUCUCCCCUACAGUGUCUCACACUGUUUCAGAGGGUCUCUGCAACCCUCAGGAGCGACCUUUCAAGGGCCAUGGGGGGAAUUAGCAAAAAUGCCCCCCCCCCGGUCCAGCAGAAUUGUUCUGUGUUCUGCUCACACAGACUCUGGAUUCAACCCACUGAUUACAAUGGCACUUGAGUGUGACUUAUGUUCUCUGGAUUAGGGCUGAGAAAAUUCCUCCACAUGGUACCCAAUAUUCUGAAAUCAUGAUAUCAUCACACUAAUAUAAAGAUUCAUGGAUGGGAAGGACCUGAACAGAAUGGGAGCUUGCAUUUAAUGUGAAAUUUUGUGCAGAUAUUAAAAAAAAGCCAAGGGCACAAUCCACCAGGAAGUUCUCCUGCCCAAGCAUGGUAGAGUUCUUGUGCACCUCCCAUUCAUUUCAAUGGGUGCUUGUGCAGGAGGUGGGUGAGUUAUGCCCCAUGUUAACCACUGUGAAAGAAAACUGUACUGUAAAUUGUCAGCUUACCUGUGUUCAGUAAUUCCAGCCCAAAACUUUGUUGACAUUUUAAAAAAGGAAAAUGAGAAAAGUUGUCUUAAAUUCAUGCUUUAUUGAAUGUAAAAAAGAAAAGAAAAGACUUUCGGUAAAGUUUACAAUGUUGUACAUAAGCAUGUUUCAUUCGUAGGCAUAUUGGUGGCGGUACUACAGAUAUUAUUUAUAAUGUUAACAAGAUUCCAUUUUUGCAUUUCUGUAUUCUUUAUCAAGCAUCAUUUCACGGCCUUUUGGAUCCCAAUUGCUCUCUUUUACUCUUUCCCCUUAACAGUAUAAUCUUUUCAAGAUGGCCUGUUUUCCUUGGACAAUAAUAAAGUUGUGAAUAUAGUUUCGGAAAGCCUCCUCGAGCUUGCAGAUGCAUGCUGAAGAUUAACCAUGAAAAGGAACGAUUUGAAAAUUGACAUGAUAUUUCCUCGCAUUAUAAAAUAUUAAUAUAUUAUGUAUUUUUGUAAGUCUAGUGCAAUAAUGUAAAGACACAUCAUUCAAUACAGAUUUUGAAAGACUUCUUUAAUAAAAUUAUCUCCGUUUCUUCCUA